UCGCAGCGGCCCCACCCCCAAAUAUCUCCCCGUGCGGAUGUACUCUGCCACAGUAAAAACAGGCAAUUACGGUUUCACUUCUAAAAUAAAACAAUACAUGGGACAYUGCUGACGUAAUGCCUGAGUCAUCCAUGCUCCGCCCGCAAGUCUUGUAUCUUUGACUUUGGUCGGCGCCCGCCCAUCAGACGUUGUGACAGCACAGGCCGUGUUUCCAGGUGCUGUUGCGGUGAAGAUGGACUUUAGCACUAGUUGUAAUGGCUUAUUUGCCUUCUGAAGCUAGCUAGCUGUGUCUCGGAGGUUUGUUUUUUUCUGUCAAAUCCCCGUGGGAAGGGUUCGAGAACUGGGCUAGCCUCACAAAGACCACAAAAAAUGCACCCUGACUCGGAAUUGAGAAUUUGAACUGCAUCGCUGGGAUAAAUCAUUUAUGCGGUCAUGGCUGGGCUGAUCAAGAAACAGAUCCUCAAACACCUCUCCAGGUUUGCUAAGAACCUGUCCCCAGACAAGAUCAACCUGAGCACGUUGAAGGGCGAGGGCCAGCUCACCAACCUGGAGCUGGAUGAGGAGGUACUGCAGAGCAUGUUGGACCUGCCCACCUGGCUGGCCAUCAACAAAGUGGGCUGCAACAAGGCUGCCAUCCGGAUCCCAUGGACCAAGCUGAAGACCCACCCCAUCUCUCUGACCCUGGACAAGGUGGUAAUGGAGAUGAGCACCUGUGAUGAGCCCCGCCCUCCCAACGGCCCAUCUCCCAUAGCAACGGCCUCGGGGCAAAGUGAGUAUGGCUUUGCUGAGAAGGUGGUGGAGGGCAUCUCUCUGUCCAUCAACUCCAUCGUGGUGAAGAUCAGUGCCAAGGCGUUCAACGCCUCCUUUGAGUUGAGCCAGCUGCAGGUCUACUCRGUCAACACCAGCUGGAGCCUGUCAGACCURCGCUUCACACGSAUACAGGACCCACACAGAGGAGAGAUKCUGACGUUUAAGGAGAUCAGCUGGCAGAUGAUCCGCAUCGAGGCGGACGCCAUCCAGAGUGCCCAGAACGAGAUGRUGAGUGCCCCCAUCCGCCUGAUCACCAACCAGUCCAAGAUCAGAGUCACCCUGAAGAGACGGUCCAAGGACUGUAAAGUGGUGGCCUCUAAGCUGAUCCUGAUCCUAGAUGACCUGCUGUGGGUGCUGACUGACUCCCUCAAAGCCAUGGUCCAGUACGCCAAGUCAUCAGCGGGGGCCAUGGACAAGUCCUGCUCAGCGAGGAAGAGCAUGGCCACCGAGGACCAGGAGUCGUCGGCGCCCCCUUCAGCCCAGCAGAUGCGUAGCCAGCAGGUGUCGUCAGGCACAGCGGCUGACCAGAGCGCCACCAUGGCAAAUCUGUUCGCUGCCUUCGACGUGUGUGAGACCUCCCACCACCUGCAGAUUACACACCUCGACCUGCACAUCUGUGACGACAUACACGCCAAGGACAGAGUGAUCAAUAAGAGGAUAACUGGUGGGGCCAUGCAGCUCUCCUUCAGUCACAUUACCCUGGACUACUACCCCUCCCACAGAGCAGGUGAGAGUUGUCUCCACUGGAUGCAGUACAGUGAGGCCACUAAGGCCAGGGAGGGCUGGGCCAGCAGUCUACUGGAGGAGUUCAAGUCUAAUGUGGAGAUGUUGAAGACCGCCAAGAGAGACCGGGAGGGCCUGGCCAACUGUCACACCUCACCACAGCACGGUAAGAUCAGUACUAGUUCUACCAGUAUCCUCAGUUCUCCCCAGACCCCCAAGACGCAGCUCCUGUCCAGCUCCAUUGUCCUCAGGAUAGCUGACUUCAGCAUCUACCAGGUGUCCACAGCAGACCAGUGUCGCUCCAGCCCUAAGGCCAUGAUCUCCUGUAAUAAGAAGUCCCUGUACCUCCCUCCUGAGAUGCCUGCCAUCCACGUCGAGUUCACCGAAUACUACUUCCCUGACGGAAAGGACUACCCCAUCCCUUGCCCCAACCUGUUUGUGCAGCUGAAUGCGCUGCAGCUGGUGCUGGACCCCAGGAGCCUGGUGUGGUGCAACCUGUUUGCUCUGGACCUGAGGCAGAGCCUGGAACAGUUCAUGGAGCUCUACAAGCUCAACGACGAGGAACAGAAGCCUGACGAGCACAUCGACAUCAGGGUGGACGGACUAAUGCUCAAGUUGUUAGUGCCCACGGACAGGGACCCCUCCUAUCCCCAGGACCUCCCCCGUUCCGUCUCUGUCCAAUGCUCGGAGAUGGUGGCCACCAACACCCGCCACCCCCCCAACUGCUCCCGCUCCCACCUGGAAGCCCUACUCCUCUCCUUCCAAGAACAACAGUUCUUCUCCACCUCCUUUUCCUCCUUCCCUCACUCCUCCACCUCCUUCCCGGUGAUCCACCCCAUUUUCCAGCGCCACGCGCAUGAGCAGGACACUAUGUUGCACAAUGUGUAUAAAGGGUUGGUGUCGCCCUCGUUGGGCGUGGAUGCCCUCAAAAUGCCAGCUGCCACAGACUUGUGGGCGGUUCAUUUUGUCCAGUUCUGGGUGGACUACGAGGGGAUGCGCGGCGGGAAGGGGCGGCCCCAGCCCUUCGUUGACGCCUUCCCCCUCACUCUGUGGGCGUGCCAGCCGGUCAGACACGCCCAGCACCAGGAGUGGCUAAUGGGCGGGGCUUCGAGAGGGCAGAGAACUUCCCUUUCUGCAGCUGCAGGCCUGGCCAGGAGCGAGCCUGUGGAUACUGUGGGACGUCUACAGAGGAAGAGGCUUUUGAAGGAGUACUAUAGUACUGUUACGGACGCCACGGCAACAGAGGCCUCGCUGCCGCCUAGCAACGGGCUUCACAAGCCACUGUCCCUGGACAACAUCCCCCCACCUUCCUCGUCUUCCUCUUCCAGUAAGGAGGCAGACAUGCACAUGUUAGUGCACGUACAAAAGCAUUUGAGCGCUCAGGUGAGCCACAGGCAGUACAUGUUCCUGAUGCGGCUGCAGCGCAGCAUCAAAGCCUUGCAGCACACCCUGCAACAGGACCUGGAGGGGAUGGGCUCCAAACGAGACAAGGCAAAGACCACAUCGGACCCCRCUCCAGACCACCAGCCCUUCAGUGCCUGUGUGGGGAUCCUGCUCAAAAGUGCYGAGGUAGCUCUCRUCUUGAAGCRGGUCCCCCAGRCCGAGGGUCCUGGUUCCCCCCUAGGGUCYGAGUUGUCCCCRUCGGAGAGUAGAUGCACCUUGGAGACUGGGAGUGACGGUGGGGAGGGGGGGGAUAGAGGAACCCACGUGGAGGGGGCUGGGACGAAGGGAAGCUGUACAGUGGACCAGCUUAUGUGUGGGGGAGGGGUAGAGGGUGGGAUAACGCAAGGCCCUGCCCCUCUCAUCCCCGCCUCCGCCCUCAACCUGAAGGUGUCUCUUGACGAGAGGACAGGGAGAUCGAGUUCAGAGGAGUUGGGAGAGGCUUCCCUGGAGGCCCGGACUGAGGGAGAGGAGCUGGGGACCGGAGUUGAUUGUAAAGCCCAGCAGGGUGAGUCCUCCGGGGCAGACCCCACUCUCUCAGACCCCCUCUCCACCAAAGACUGGAACGAGAAGAACCCUGGGGCCAGAUUGCCUGAGUCUAUGUCCAGUGGGCGUCUGAUGAGGGAGCGUUCCCAGUCCAGUUUCUCAGUGUCCUAUAAGAACAUGAAGAAGACUCCGUCUCUGCAGUCCUUGGACAACCUCUCCAUAGACAGCUACCUGAUGGAGGACGGAGACACAGACACAUACAGCCUGCUGGAGAGGGACGACGUGUCCAUCUCAGGCUUUAAGGAUGUGGUGAGGGAGCAGAGUGCCACAGAAAUUGCCAAGGAGGCAGCAGCAGUAGCGGCCAUGGUCACAGGGGAGCAGGACGGUGCUGGCUCACCAGAUACUGUCAGUGCCACCUCCCAGAGCAUCGAUGAACCCACCAAAGACAUGGUGUCGGUGCUGGUGCUGAAGGUGCAGUGUGUGUGUGGGGGGAUGGAAGUGCGAGGGGAGAGCACAGCUGUAUCUCUGGAGGUGGGCUGCGUCAGACCCACACAGCUGGGAAACGUCAGCCUCCGACAAUACCUCAGCAACCGCAGCCUGGGUGGUGGUCUGGAGGCCAAUUCAGACGGGACCACCCAUCUCCCGGAGGUCAGGGCUCGGCUGGAGAGCGGGCCCUGUGCRGCCYCCCACUCCCCCCUGGCCGAGACCAACGGUUUCCUCCAGCUGCGUCUCCACGGCUACCGGGCCAGCUUCCUCAUGUCGUCGCUAAGGAACCUGGCUCACUUCCUGGAGGAUGACUCUGCCCCCCAGGUCCUCCCGAUGGAGAUUAGCGUCAGGGACACACACAUCGACCUGAAGGAUGAUGGUCUCCGUGACAACCCGUCUGACCCUGAUCCCACCCCCAUUACCCUGCACAUCGCCAACCUGCUCAUCCACAGGACCGACGAUGGAGCCUUCUCUAUAGGGGUGGAAAAUGCGUCUGAGGCGGGUCCUAAGAAAGAAGUCCAAUUGAUUGACAGUGGUCUGUCUCCAGUCCCUGAGAGUGUGGUCAACAGCACUCCCAAGGCCACACAGACCCCCAGCCCUCCUAGCCCUAGCACAACCCCCUCCAACAAAGAACAGCUGCUGAUAGAGGAGAACGAAUGUUUGAAACUGGAGCUCUCCAAAGCCAAGAUGGCUCUAGCUGAGGCCCAAAUGGAGAAGGACUCCCUGUUGCACCGCAUGAAGAGUCUCAAAGUGAACAGCAMCUAGGGUAGGCCAACAGAGGCCCAGUGACCACCAAUUUGCAGUGCUGCAUAUCACCACUGGGGGGAAGCAGAGAGGAGAGAGGGGUUGCUGUAUACUGGAGCUACUUGAUCUAGCAUCACACAAGUAUUAUUCACGCAUCAGCCAGGUCAUUCAAGCCUGUUCUUAUGAAGGGCUGGUUGCCUAAGAACUAGACCCCACACACACACACACACACACACACACACACACACACACACACACACAGUCCAUGAAGUCUACUCCUUAACACACACGCAGUCCCUGAAAACCAGAGAGGGGGGCUACUUUUUCACUUCAGCCCACCUACCACCCUCAUCCCUACCCCCAGUAGAGGAACUGGAGAGUGGACCGUGUUAGACUUUCAUCCCCUCCUCGAUACAGUGCUGCCGUGUCAUCUCUGGGCUGGGACUAGGACUGCAGUACACACAUGCUUGUUUUACAUGCUAGUUUUACAUGAUUGUUGUGCUUGUUUUGAAUUUCUCUCUUUAUGCAGUAAGUUAGUGUUCAGUCUCUCCAGUAAUCCGACUCRGCAAGCCAGAGCAGCCUCCUAAAUAUGGGAGCGUAAGGGGGGAUGAAGGGGAGAGGGGACGAAUCUAAAUUAAACAGCCCUCAAGUGGAAUGGAGGGGCUAGGGAGGUGUGGUGGGAGUCCUGAAUAUUAGUCUCGGGGGGAAAAGUUGCCCUCCCCGAAUCGAUACCUUAAAUAGGAGAAACAAUGCAAAAAUGGGCAACUUUAUCAAGCAUCACAUAUGUAAUGACCUUUGGGGCUUGCCUGGUUGGGUGGGGUGAGACACUGAAUGUCAUAUCUUUGGAGGAAUGUCUUAAAAAUAGACUUAUUUUGCACUGCGCUGAAACAACAUGUCAUUUGGUGCUUAUGAAAAAAAUGUAUCUAGCGCUGAACCAAUUGUAUUUGGAGUGUGUAUGGUAAUGUACUUAUGAUGGGCAAAGUGUUCACAAUGUUUUCUACUGAAUGGUUGUGUGUGUUCAACAUGUAUUUGUCAUGUAACUAAAACAAGCAUUUCAUUUGAAUUGAAAAGGAAAAUGUACAAUUAUAUAUUUUCACAUUUACUUUUCUUCCAUUCCAUCUAGUUGAUGUCUACAAUGCCCAUAAUGUCCCAUUGCACUGUUUAUUCCCCCCUAUUUUUCUACAUGUAAAUAGCUAGUUGUGUGUCCAGCACUUUUGAACUAUAUUCACUGUAAAUACGAUCCCUGUACGAAAGCAUCAUCCAAUCCGGUUGAGAACACUAUCCUAUCAUCUCUCGAUCAUCCAAUGAGUGGAAAGAACACUAAUAUGGAGAGCAAGUUACCAUCUCUAUUCUCCUAUGAGGAUAAAGCCUGGGGUGUAUUCAUUAUUCGGAUURCUUUACAAAAUGUAUUUUCUGUUCAAAACGUUUUGCAACUAAAAACAUUUACUCCAAACGGAAAACAUUUUGCAACGAUUGGACAAAUUCAGGUAGUUCCCCCCUCGUUGGUUCCGUUUGCGUUGUUUGCUUCCGUUUAGUUCCUAGAGUAAAUGGUUUUCAUUGCAAAACUUUUUUUGCAAAGGUCUGCGACUAAUGAAUACAGCUCUUGCCUAGCCUCUGUCGAGCCCAACAACCGGACGAUCCGGUUUUAAGGGGAAAUGGAAAGAGCCUGUGACGCGACUUCCACUUUUGGACAUUAACAAGGUAACGCUCCAUCUCCUCCACAUGUACUGGAUUGGUUGAAUGGUGCAGAAGAGAACCUCCUGACUUUUCCCCUCGUCAAGAUGUGUUGUAAAGGAUCCAGUUUCAGGCGUUUAUUUUACGCCUGCUACGUUAGGUAACUCCUCCCAAUGCAGGAGGGGAAACACAGGCUUGUGCUUUUCUGUGCGUGCAUUCUAUAUUUGCAUAAUCCUACAUGUAGUUUUUCACCAACGUGAAGUUGUGCCCAUAUCUGCUGCUGCUCCAUGCUUGUCUGUUGGGGAAGCCUUGGGGGGAGUGUUGUAGAAUAGAGCUUUAUUUCCCCUUUGGAGCAUGCUUUUGGCUCACAGAAUUCAGUCUGAAGGCAGUUCUGUCUGAAGCAUCACGUCUUACACAGGGACGUUUCCAGUACUAGCAUGAGAUUUGCUGACAGAUUACAAUGGCUUGCCUCUCUUUAAAGGUGUAGUCUGCAGGUUCUCUGUCRCGUAUGGCAAUGAGAUCAAGUAAAAACACAACUACCCUAAAACAAGACCGAAGAAGGAAAAAGUAGUUCUGUUUACACCAACUAUGGCAACUGGUCUUUCUUUGGUUUUCACUGGCAGGCUCACUCGAAUGACCCCAUCCUAGUCCUUCAAAAAGGGCCGUUUGGGAAUACAUAAUUUUUCUACUUUAAAGUCUAUAUCCAAAUUGUGGACCUAGCUCAGCCUAGGCCUAGUUCAGUCCAGCUGAAUGUCUUUCCAAGCUGCGCUGUCCUCUCUCCCCAGCUCUCUCUGCCUUGAUACGAUGCUGGUUCACUUACCUGCUCAACACUGACAAGACUUGAAUGGCAGUUAGGAUUUGAAUGCUUGAUUGUACUUUAAAGGCUGCCCUCUCUGGAGUUUCUAACUUUCUCAUCCACUUCCUGGUCCGAACGGACCCGCCCCCUCAUUACAAUAGCUCCUCCCUUGACCUGCUCAGCUCCUGAGAACCUAUGUACAAAAAGAAAAGGAUUUGUAAUAUUUGUCUGUCAAAGCUGCUGGGCUACUGAUGAAAAUAAAAAGGUAUCCAAUCAAAAA